ACUGACAGGUUCGAGUAAAUAUAACUAACCGCGUCCAUUCUCGCGUGGUGGAUUGGAUAUCUGACUAUGGCAUUGCCCCUGGCGGGAAAUGACCUGGCAAGGUCGACGAGCGGCCGUGGUAGCUGGGCAUCGAGCACCCGCCGGAGCUUCGCAGCCUCCGGCAGCUUCCGGGAGGCUUGGCAGACCCCACCCGAUGUGUUCAGCCGCAGUGGGCAGCAGCGUGAGCAUGAUGAUGAGGAGGAGCUUCGCUGGGACGCUAUCGAGCGUCUCCCCGCCUAUGACCGCCUUCGCAAGUGCAUGCUCCAGCAGGUCCUCGAUGAUGGCCAGGUUGUCCAUGGCGAGGUAAUACCACGAACUUCUUCUGUUGAUGUACAAAAUUUAUGAAGGCCUAAGAUCGAGUUUUAAUAAGUUGUAGUCAUCAU